AUGGGGAGGAGGAAGGGAGUUGUGGACUUCGACGAGUCGCCGCCGGAUGACUUCGAUCCGGCGAAUCCGUACAAGGACCCGGUGGCGAUGCUGGAGAUGAGGGAGCACAUAGUGCGAGAGAAGUGGAUCGACAUCGAGAAGGCCAAGAUCAUCAGAGAGAAACUCCGUUGGUGCUACCGCAUCGAAGGCAUCAACCACCUCCAGAAGUGCCGCCACCUCGUCCACCAGUACCUCGAGUCGACUCGCGGCAUCGGUUGGGGCAAGGACCAUCGUCCUCAUGAGUUCCAUGGUCCCAAGGUGGAGGCUGUUGAGGCCGACUGA